AAGCUAAGUUAUAUAAAUGAUAUAGUUAGCUCAUUAGAGAUGCAUAUAAUUAGCAUCUAUCACAAUCAAGGAGUUUCAUUCAGAAGAACACAGAAACAAGCACAAGAACAAGAACAACUAUGUCAUCAGAAUCAGCAGCUAAAGUUACUUCCAUUUUCGUGUACCCUGUCAAAUCAUGCCGUGGAGUUUCAGUUUCUCAUGCUGCUCUUAGUCCUUAUGGAUUUAGAUGGGAUCGAAAUUGGUUGGUGGUGAAUGAAAGAGGGAGAGGAUACACUCAAAGGGUUGAGCCAAGGCUUGCUUUGGUUGAAGUUGAAAUGCCAACUGAGGCAUUUGAUGAAGGCUGGGAGCCUACAAAGGAUUCUUUUAUUGUGUUGAAAGCACCUGGGAUGCAACCUCUCAAAAUUAGUUUGUGUAAAGAACAUGAAGUAGCAGAUGGUGUUUCUCUAUGGGAUUGGAGUGGAUCUGCCUGGCAUGAGGGACCAGAAGCAGCAAAGUGGUUCUCAGAUUAUUUAGGAAAAACCAGUGCUUUGAUUCGCUUCGAUAUCGAGUCACAAGCUAGACUCGCAGAUCCGGAAUACUAUCAUAAUGAACAAAAGGUCCUUUUUACUGAUGGUUAUCAAUACUUAAUUGCAUCUCAGGGAUCAUUGGAUGUAGUAAACCAGCAUGCUUCAGAACCCAUACCUAUAAAUCGUUUUAGAGCCAAUAUCUUUGUUGAAGGUUGUGAACCAUUUGAUGAGGAUUUAUGGACAAAGAUCAAGAUAGGCAAGCACUCGUUUCAGAGUGUGAGGUUGUGCUAUCGUUGUAAGAUACCUCAAGUGAAUCAAGAUACAGGGGAAGUUGGAGAAGAACCAGCUCAGACCCUGAGGAAAAUUAGGUCUGGGAAACUCUUGAGGCCACAAGGAACACAUGCACAAAGGGUAUACUUUGGCCAGUUUUUAACUUGGAUUCAGGAGGAUCAUUCUGGAAAUGUCAUUAAAUUGGGGGAUCCUAUUUAUGUCUUUGACAAGGUCAAUCAUUUCAGUGAAGCUAUUGCUUGAGACUCUAGUGGAAUCUCCAUUAUUUCUAUCAUGAAAAUAAGAGAAACCACCAAGUUGCUGAACUUUGCUUUACAUAGUUGUAAUAAUGCAUCUAUAACUAUAGUGAAUUUUUAUUAAAAUAAUAUGCAAAAGGUAAUUGUGUCCA